CAGUAUAUUCCUUGCCCACUCACCCACCACCCACCACCACUCCUCCCCCAUCCACGUGUCCCACAAUCUGCUCCCGCUGCCACUAACCCACCUACACGCCGCCGUCCCGCCAACCGACCUUCCGACGUCGAGUCAAAACAAUACUCGAGGCACUCCAUCGGUCAACAAUUUUCAGCCACCCGCAACCAGCCCGCAACUGCAGAGACUUCAGUCCGUUACCGCGCCCAUAGACUGCAGUAGAGGAGACCUUGCAAGCUCCCCUCCUUCCUAUCAGCCUCUAACAACACAAAACCGACACCAUUUCCACCCCGUCUCCACCCGUUAUAGGUCCCUCUCCUAGGUCUACCACAUCUUCAAAAUCAUCUCCUGUAUCCACUACUUCAACUAGCACUGGUGGGACUUCUUCUAGGCUUCGUCCACUUCUACCGAAACCAACAGCGCCUCGCGAGCCGUCUACUCGACCCGUUAGCACUGCAACCAAACAGCAGCUAGCGGCGGCUAGAAUGGACAAGCUUCCAUGGCGCACUACAUCGGGGGGGAAAAAGGGACCAUUCACUGUGGAUGCUGGAGGAGGGCAAGGUGUCUACAAUGGGAAAGUAAAUAGUGCUCGGGUCCCGGAACGACCCCCUUCUGCCGCGUCUUCCCGCCUCUCCAAUCCUCCAACACCUGCCAUGUCGCCUUCCAUUCCAAUCAAUCGACACAACUUUCCUUACCCUCCACAGGGAUACCAAUCAUUCUCUCAACCAUCAAGUAUAGGACACAGCGGCAGUGGUUCUUUCCAUGGUAAUGACCAUUCGUCGAUUGCCACCACCCCUACGCCAAUGACUCCUAUUGAUAUUGUUGGAGUGAGUUCUAGCGUCCCACGAAACAGCUUUUCCCAGGGUGUUCAGCCCUCUUCACACUCUCAACUAUCCUCUUCUAGAUCAAAGCGUUCUGUUCCCAUGAUAUCCACUACUCCCGUAGAACCUCCUCCUUCCUCUUGGGGUGCAUCUUUUCCUGAUCAACAGGGUGAAAAUGAUGCGAAUAGCAAGCCAUUCGACUGGACGUCUCUUCCGAACCCCGCGAAUUGGUUUUCUCCGUUGGGCACGGUUCAAAAGACCACCUGUAAUGAUGAUCCCAUCGAUCCAGCUGUAUUUGCCAGCCUUGCUGAUCUGGUCGAGCGAAAUCAGGGUAAAAUGAACGACAGUGCUUCCAUCGAUUUUAUGGGCGCUUUGAACGCAAAUACGUCUCCGAAAGCUGCUAGGAGCACUGCCCAUUCAACUUCACAUCCUGGAGGUACAAGCCUUUUGAGUCGUCGCUUGCAGCACCAACAGCAGACUAGCUCUGAUGGUCAGAACAUACAUUCAAGCAGUCAAUCUUCGGCUAACUCUCCUGGCAUCUUGCACAAUUCCGGGGGGCUAUCUGGAUUCCCUGGUCCUCAGCAGCAGUACAAUCAUGUCACCUUUGCACAGCCUGGUAAGGUGAGUAAAGGUGCAUCUAACCAACCCUUGACGCCUUGGCCUUUAUCCGAGAGGGCAAUGGGUUCGAGCGAGACCCCCGUGACAACACCCGGCGGUAGUGAUUUCGGAGUCAACAGCCCCUUUGAGAUGGGUAUUACCGGCUCGUGGCAGCAGGAAUCGAUGGCCAAACAUGAGUUACAGGGCUCAAACAGUAGUUCACGAUAUCCGCCCAUUGCUCCACGUCGGCGUGAAGCACCUCAGCAUCCUGCUCCUGUGUUCCAGACACACCGGGGAAGUGUACCAUCCUCCGAGCAUGCCUCGAGAGCCGGCUCUGAAGCUCCUCAUGACGGGCCCAUGCCCGGCGGCGUUUCACUCAAUGGUUUACCUCCUUUGCCGAACGGAUUGUCUCUUGAGCAUCUUGCCCAGUAUGGAGCUGCAGGUUUAGAAAUGGCUUUGAGAGUGGGCAUGGGUAUUGGUAUGGGCUUGAGUCAGCAAACGCAGCAAACGAAGCAAACUGUUGAUGUUGCAUCCCCGCCUUGGCCACUUACCAAAAGUGUUCCUACGCCAUCCUUUUCUCAAAAUCCGUCGUCCCCUGAAGCAUCGUCUCGUAAGGGACGAAAAGACUCAAACAUCGUCAGCGACAUCCUUCAAGACGACUUCCUCACUGCUCGCGUUCCUAGCACUCCUCUUAUGACCCCACCACUCAAUGGUUUUGGGUCUUUCCCAGUUACUCGUCGACCAUCUCAGAGCGAUGCCACAAGCCCGUUACCCGAGGUUGGUCCUCCGGAGCAGGUGGCUGAGAAGGAUCCUCUUGCUGCGCAAGUCUGGAAAGCAUACGCAAGAGCCAGAGAUACCUUGCCCAACGGGCAGAGGAUGGAGAAUCUGACCUGGAGAAUGAUGCAUCUUACACUGAAGAAGAAGGAAGAGGAGCAAGCGGCAAAGGAGAAGGAGGAAAGAGAGAAAGAAGAUAAGGAGGCUGCUGAGAAGGAAGCAGCAGAAGCAGCAGCAGCAGCAACAGCAGCGGCAGCAACAGCAGCAGCAGCCGCUGCAGCCGCAGAAUUGCCUCCUGUGGAGGAAAGACGAGGAAGAACAAAGGGGAAGUCAAGAAUUGUUGGUUUUGCUGGAGCAACAAGCUCAAAUUCCCAAUCGCCAAACGGCAUGGAUAUCGAUUGGCGAGCAGCAAGCCGAUCCCGUUCUCGCAUACCCAUGGAUAUUGAUUGGCGUGCUUCUUCCAGGUCACGCUCCCGUUCUGCGGCUCCAUUCCGCAACCCCUUCAGUGAAGCUCACGCUCAUCACCUUCUUGCUGCAGGCGGAACACCUAUCGCAGAGAUGGGCCAAUACAUGGCCGGACAUGGUAGUCUGAACAUUCACGCCGCUAACGCCCACUCGACAAGCCAUCAUGGCAACCAGAAUCAAUAUCACCAUGCUUCAUCUCUCCCUGGUCCUUCUAGCAUGAUGCUGCAAAGCUUGAGUCAGUUACCCGAGAAAGAAGGAGAGCAGGAUGAAGUGCAACAAGCUGUCGAGCACAUGAAUGGGGCUGACUUGUACCCCGCCUCUGCACCUCAGAACAGGAGCGCGCUGGAGCAUCUUCAGAUGUCUCUCGCGAGUGGGCUUAAUCCUUCCGAAGAAGCUACGUCUAACUUACCUGGAAUCAAUGGUCCAGGUCUCUAUACACAUAGCCAAGAAAACUUCCAUCCUCAUUAUGGGUUUCUUCCUCGUCGUGUGCGAAAGACAUCUUUCGACCACACUGUGAAAUUGUUGGAAGAGGGUGAACCAUCCAGCUCUCCUCAAUUCAUGUCCAAUCCUCGCAAGCGCCAUGCCGAAGCCUCUCCUCAAGGGGGCGCGAAUAGUCCUCUUCCAGAAGGUGACAGCGGCUUCCCCACAUCAAACUUCACCUUCAGCUUCCCUCAAUCCUACGAGAAUUUUUUUGACCUAGCUGCCGCAAGUGCAACUCCUUCAGGGACCCAAGAAAACAAUGAUGUGAACCAUGAAGGUGAUGACGACCUUGCAGACUUGACAGACUGGGCAAGUCAUCCUGUUACAGCGGAUACGUCAGCGUUUGGUUCUCCUUCGGCGUUUGGUCACAUUGAACCCGGAAUGUCCCUUCCUUCGAUGCCUCAAGCUACAGGCGACAAUCCUUUUGAUUUUCAGCAGCUCAUGCACCUCUACCUCAAUGCAAACUCAUCUGCGAGCCCGUUUACCCACAUCAAUCCCUCUCAAGUUCUUGGGGCCGUGCCCGGUCAGGCCGCCAACGAAUUCUCUCCCAGUGCCGUCUCUCCCCAAAGCGGUGCUCCUACGCCCAGUAACAACAGCUCAGGUAACAACAUCCGGCCAUUACCAAAAGCUGUAGGCGGUAAGGCUGUAGACAACAGACAGAUGCCGCCACCGAACAGAUCUAGCAGUACUCCUAAUCUCGCUGCUCUGAGGAUGUCUUCUCAAAGCGAAUCAUCAAAGCACGGUCGUACUGCCUCAACUAAUGCAUCAGGAAACGCUGGGUCUGGUUCCAGUAAAGGGAACAAGGGAUCAAGUGGAAAUAAUAAGUCCCGACCAGGUACGCCGACGAGUGAAAAUGAAGGCGGGCCAGGCUCUAUCAUGCCUAGUGGUGAGAAUCCCACAAUGUGUACAAAUUGUCAGACGACAAACACUCCUUUAUGGAGACGAGAUCCAGAUGGGCAGCCGUUGUGCAAUGCGUGUGGACUUUUCUACAAACUGCACGGUGUCGUUCGACCCUUGUCGCUCAAGACGGAUGUUAUUAAGAAAAGAAACCGAGCGGGUCCUGGACCGAAAGAAAGCAACCCUUCCCGCAAGAACAGUGUCGCUUCGUCUAAAAAUGUGUCUGUGCGGUCAAAGCCCAGCUCGCCAACAGUUGCGUCGUCUGCAAAUUCCGGUGGCGGAAGCAAGAAGGCAAGGCAUGCUUCUGAUGCUCCUGUUGAAUGAGCGAAUGAAUAGGAGCAGUGGGAGCGGAGAUUCGGGGAGAGGCGGUUUGUCGCUCGCGUAGCGGGCUCUGAUUACGCCUGACGUUCCACUUUUAUGUUUUUCACUUCCAUAUUAUUCGGUUACCAUUUAUCCUACCGUUUUCAAACUUAUACCGUUGAGCUACUCUCGGGCCCGUGCAUCCAACGGUACCAUGUAUGAAUUCUUAAAACCUCUGGGUCUCUAAAAAGAGGCUCGGUUCUUAAAUGUUAGAUACGAUUACAACUGUUUAUUGGUUUCUUUCGGUUGAGUUUUGGGGAGAUUAUUUAGGACGCUCGUUGAUCAUCAUCGAA